AGUGGCGCAGAGAGUAAGUUCCGCUCUGCAUUGCAGCCGAAGCGCUGCUCCGGAAUCCAACACAACAAUGGCGACUCCCAGUCCUGACAGCAGCUCCACAAGCUCCAGCAACAACAGCAACAUUGUAGGAUCCGCGCUGUACCAUUUCCACCAGCAGACACAGAGCAGCAGCAUGCAAGAAACCAAUACCUGCUGGAGAUGUCAGAAUGAAACAGGUAAACGUAAAGCUCUGAAGCUGAACUUCGCCAACCCUCCAGUGAAACCGGCCUCCAGACUGCCGCUGCACCCCACGGCCCCCUCCUUCCAGAACCCUCACAUAGAGCGUCUGCGGACACACAGCAUCGAGUCGUCGGGGAAGCUGAAGAUCUCUCCGGAGCAGCACUGUGACUUCACGGCAGAGGACCUGAGAGACCUCGGGGAGAUCGGCCGCGGGGCGUACGGCUCCGUCAACAAGAUGGUCCACAAGCCCACGGGCCAGAUCAUGGCUGUCAAGAGGAUCCGCUCCACUGUGGACGAGAAGGAGCAGAAGCAGCUGCUGAUGGACCUGGACGUGGUGAUGAGGAGUAGUGACUGUCCCUACAUUGUCCAGUUCUACGGCGCUCUCUUCAGAGAGGGGGACUGUUGGAUUUGUAUGGAACUUAUGGCUACCUCAUUAGACAAAUUCUACAAAUAUGUAUAUUGUGCAUUAGACGACGUCAUUCCAGAGGAAAUAUUAGGGAAAAUCACAUUAGCGACCGUUAAAGCACUGAACCACUUAAAAGAAAACUUGAAAAUAAUUCACAGAGACAUCAAACCUUCCAACAUUCUAAUGGACCGGAUGGGUAACAUCAAGCUGUGUGACUUUGGCAUCAGCGGUCAGCUGGUGGACUCCAUCGCCAAGACCAGGGACGCCGGCUGCAGGCCCUACAUGGCGCCUGAACGCAUCGACCCCAGCGCCUCCAGGCAAGGCUACGACGUGCGCUCCGACGUGUGGAGCUUGGGCAUCACCCUGUACGAGCUGGCCACGGGACGCUUCCCCUACCCCAAGUGGAACAGUGUCUUUGAUCAGCUGACCCAGGUGGUGAAGGGGGAACCUCCCCACCUCAGCAACUCGGAGGAUAGGCAGUUCUCCCCCAAGUUCAUCAACUUUGUUAACCUCUGCCUCACCAAGGAUGAGUCCAAGCGGCCAAAGUACAAGGAGCUUCUGAAACGACCCUUCAUCCUGAUGUAUGAGGAGCGCUUCGUGGACGUCGCCAGUUACGUGUGCCGCAUCCUGGACCAGUUCCCCACCUCUCCCAUCAUCUCCCCGAUGUACAUGGACUGAUGGAGUCAGGAUGGAGGGUGGGUGUGGGGGGGGGGGGUUAGGGUUACCCAACAUGUAGAGGGUGAGAUGCGAAGCUUUGUGAUGUCGUCUUAGAGUUAUGUUAGAUCACCACUUUAUUCACACGUUCCAAAGAACAAAGCAAGUCGGUCACAUUUUCCGGUGCAAUGAGACCGUUGUUGUCCCAACAAGUCGAUGUCAAACACAUAGAGUAAAGCUGCACCAUAUAUAUAUAUAUAUAUAUAUGUGUUUGUGUGUAUGUGCACGUACAUACAAAUACCGAAUCUACCAAAUACAAUGUUGAUUAGUGACACUGAUGACAUAUGAACACACAUAUGCACCUAUUGUGGACUGUAUGUAUGAUCAGUGUGUGUUCACGACGUACAGAUGUAUGCUGAUAGACCUGUACCCCCACACACACACACACACACACACACACAGUUUGGUGUGGGCACCUUAUCUCGUGGUAAAUUAAGUAUGCAAAGUGUUGCUCAUGGACUCGGUGGCUUUACUUCUUCUUCAAUAUGCAAUCUGUGAGCGUGUGUCCCGUGCACAGUCCUCAUUCCCAUGUCGGCCACAGUUUGUACCUUCCACGUGUCGGCGUCACGUUUCAUCAAAGAGAAGCCCCUGAACCAGCUGAGAGGCCGAGGGUUCGAUUCCAGCCCGAGCCCACCUCUCCUCUCCAAGCUGUCACUAACAUCUGUUUUUAAACCCUCUUCUGUUCAUCUGGCUCCUCUAUUUGCCCAAUGCUCCGUAAAUAAACAGUUUAACACAUAGACUGAAGCAUACGUGAAUCGUGAUAUCCGUAGAAGCAUCAGAACUGCAGUUAGUGAAGUGCCUUCUGUUGAGACAUGCUCCCCUUCAUAGUGACGGUUGGUUAGCUGUCACUCAAACAUCGUUCACUGCUUCAUAAAGUAUGUGCAUCUGAUCUGCUUGGCAGGGAGGAGUCUGGGUGCAGAAUGAAAGUGAAUGAGCCCGUUAGUGGACUCCUCCACACUGAUCUCAGAUCCACCAUGCUGCCAUAGAAAGGCGACAGACAACAGUGACGCCAUCUUUUAGAGUCCUGGCACCCGUUUCCUGUUGAGAACACUGACACCUAAACGCUGCUACGCGACAACAUGGCCACCCAGUGUCGGGAGAGGAGGAGCACGGCUUCGUGGUGCUGAUGGAACCCACUCCACCAGGGGGGCGUGUCCGGGCCCAGAAGGCUGAUGGAAAUCCAGGGUGUACACCAGUGGAGGUUAGAGGUCGCUACGUAACCAAACUGUUGCCAUGGAAACUGGGACACUGAUGUAAUGAAUGACUUCAAUGGCAUUAUUUAUGUUUUCUUGUUGACAAAUCUCACAAAUGUAACAUGUAAUAUCGCCUUUUCUUUGAGCCUAGCGAAUACUAAUGAUGUAAAGUCUGCGUGACUAUUGUUAUUCUUUUAGCUCAAUGUGAAACAACAAUACAUGCGUUUGGAUCAGCAUUGCUAUGUUUGGCUUUCCACACUUUAUGACAUUUCGCUUCAUGACAUUAAAGCUCUCGCCGUACUUAAAGGGCCAGUGCAGCAUUCCAAGGCAGGUCGUUCAUCCAGUUCGGCAAGAGACCCAUUAAACAAAUGUAAAGCUGGUACUUCGUGGUUCUUGGUGCUUCACAUGGGGGAAGCGCCAGAAGCCAGAAGAAUGAUCCUGUUGUCAGGCUCCUGAGGGCUCUGCUGCGACGUGUUUGCUGCAGUUUCCUCUUUAUUUAAAGUUCUACGCCAUCCAGAUGUGUUGGGGUCGUAAACCCAAAGCAGACCUGAUGCAGACGGGAGGACAUUACAAGAGGCAGGUGUAGGGUCCGUUACGGCAAACAGUCUCCAGAUCGGUUCUUUAUUAUGGGAUGCAUCUCCAGGAAGCUGACUAACCACUGGUGGAUAUGGAUCUCCAGGGUACACGUUGUGUAAAUUGCAAUUUAAUAGAAUGUUCAUAUUAGAUUAUAUGAUAUUAAGGGCAAUGAAUAUUCUAUUGUAUCUUUCGAGGGUUACAAAUAAACUUCCCAUGUAAAAUCUUGAAAACCUGGAUUUUGUGCUUCUUGUGAAUUGGAUGUGAAUAAAAAAGAAAAUGCAGAGAUGA